CCGGGCCCUCGGGUGCACGCUCGGCCUGCCGCGCCCCGGAGCUCGGACAGCCCCUUUUCCCGACGUGGUCACCGAGGACGCAGGGGGUGGGUGCUAUGGAAUACGGCGAGAAGCUGGCCCGGUUCCGGCAGGCCCACCUCAACCCCUUCAACAAGCAGCUUGGACAGAGGGCUGGCGAGGAGGCCCCAGACAUCGCUUCUGAAGAGACCCUGCCUGAGCGGUCCCCCGGGGAGCCGGAGUUCCACUGUGCCGAGCGUGUGAUGGAUCUCGGUCUGUCUGAGGACCACUUCUCCCGCCCUGUGGGUCUGUUCUUGGCCUCUGACAUCCAGCAGCUGCGGCAGGCCAUCGAGGAGUGCAAGCAGGUGAUUCUGGAGCUACCUGAGCACUCAGAGAGGCAGAAGGAUGCUGUUGUGAGGCUCAUCCACCUCCGGCUGAAGCUCCAGGAGCUAAAGGACCCCAAUGAAGAUGAGCCCAACAUUCGAGUCCUCCUGGAGCAUCGUUUCUACAAGGAGAAGAGCAAGAGUGUCAAGCAGACUUGCGACAAGUGUAACACCAUCAUCUGGGGGCUCAUUCAGACCUGGUACACCUGUACAGGGUGUUAUUACCGCUGCCACAGCAAGUGCCUGAACCUCGUCUCCAAGCCCUGCGUGCGCUCCAAAGUCAGCCACCAGGCGUACGAGCUCAGCAUCUGCCCCGAGGCUGGGCUGGACAGCCAGGACUACCGGUGCGCCGAGUGCCGGGCCCCCAUCUCCCUGCGGGGUGUGCCUAGUGAGGCCCGGCAGUGCGACUACACCGGCCAGUACUACUGCAGCCACUGCCACUGGAACGACCUGGCGGUCAUCCCGGCCCGCGUGGUGCACAACUGGGACUUCGAGCCGCGCAAGGUGUCCCGCUGCAGCAUGCGCUACCUGGCGCUGAUGGUGUCGCGGCCAGUGCUCAGGCUCCGGGAGAUCAACCCUCUGCUCUUCAACUAUGUGGAGGAACUGGUGGAGAUCCGGAAGCUGCGCCAGGACAUCCUGCUCAUGAAGCCAUACUUCAUCACUUGUAAGGAGGCCAUGGAAGCGCGUCUGCUCCUGCAGCUCCAAGACCGGCAGCAUUUUGUGGAGAACGAUGAGAUGUACUCAGUCCAGGACCUGUUGGAUGCACACACGGGCCGCCUGGGCUGCUCGCUCACCGAGACCCACACACUCUUUGCCAAGCACAUCAAGCUGGAUUGUGAGCGGUGCCAGGCCAAGGGUUUCGUAUGUGAGCUCUGCAGAGAGGGUGACGUGCUCUUCCCCUUCGACAGCCACACAUCCGUGUGCAGUGACUGCUCCGCCGUCUUCCACAGGGACUGCUACUACGACAACUCCACCACAUGUCCCAAGUGUGCCCGGCUCACCUUGAGGAAGCAGUCGCUCUUCCAGGAGCCUGGCCCUGAUGUGGAUGCCUAGUGCCAUGGGCACCCCACCCGGGCCUGCUUGGAGCCCACCCUACCAGUCAAUGCCAAAGUCAAGGUGUUUCUUGUGCUCUGGAGAUCCCUAGGGUGCAGCCCCUGAACCUCUCCCCAUGCUGGGCCAGAGGGUGUAAGCACUGCAAGGACCAUGAGCCUCCGGUGCUUGCUGUGACUCAGGGCGGAGCCUGGCUGUUUCCUGGGUGUGCUGCUUCGAGGGCCAGAAUUGCCCCCCCCACUACACAGCUCCAUGGGCAGGGGAGUGAGGGAGGGCUUCUCGUCUUCCCCAUGGCGAAGAGCCCCCCACACCCUUGAGGCCAAGGCUGCUGGGUCUUGGCUACCCUGAAAACCCUGGAGGGCUUCAGGGGAGUGGCUGACAAGACCAGAGGAUGCCUGCUGCACACACCCAGCUUUGGCCUGAGAUUUAUCUGUAGUGGAUGGUUUGUGAUCUACCUGGAGGCUCCCAUCCCCCCAGCCACAGCUCUUCACUGGGGGAGCUGCACCUGACCUCAACAUUGGCAGGGAUGCUUCCUGCAUCAGAGACCCUGCCUUUGAGGGGAAGGCCUGUGGUCUUUCCUGCCCUAGACUGUGAUUGGCUGUCAGGUACAGGUGGUGGGUGGUGGGCAGGGAACACAGCUACUGGUUCCCCAUAACCUUUAGGAAACCCAAAAGGAGAGGCUACAGCCAGCAGAAGGGUCAGCUCAGCUUGCUGGCGGAUGAGAGGGGUGCUGAAGACAGCGUCACAGGGUCUCAUGGUGGCUCUAGGUGGGCCUCUGCUGUCUGCUCUGACCUGCCUCAGUGUGACAGCAAGAAGCAAACACUGUUGAGGUGGGGUCAAUAAGCCCUCUGCCUGCCUCUCUUUCUCUAGGGUUGCAGAGUGUUUAAGGGCAGGUGCCUCAGACCAGCACCUUUCUCACAGCCUCUGAUUUCUGUCACGGAAACAUAAGCCAUUCCUGAGUUCAUGUGUUACAAUCAGUGUGUCCAGAGAAAACGUUAGCAUGCUGGCAUUUGCCGGACAGAGCUGGGUCCUUUUAUUUUUUAUUUUCUUAGCCCCCUUAAUUACCUCCUGCCCCAACACCUCUUCCCCACCUAUCCCUUCUGGAUGACAAAGUCUCUAUACAGAACCACGCGUGGUCUCUCUGAGUCCACAGCACCAUGACAAGAACCCACUGAGGAAGCAGUUUGCACGGCCAGCACCUCACAGAGCAGCAGCAAGGGGCACCCAGCUGGAACGAUGCUGCAGCUACUGUCUCAUUAAAUCUAUGUUCUCUAGA